CUUCUUCGUUGUAUUUUGCUCUCUCUCUCUAUUUUUCCGCGAGGUGGCUGCACUGACGCGGCGGCCAUUUCUUUUGGAUAAUUUCCCCAGAAUGACGAGUGUUACAGCCAAGCCCGCUGCGGCCCCUGCGGGCGACAAGGCCGGGAAGAAGAUCAAGAGGGACAAGGCGAAGAACCCCAUGCGAGAGCUGCACAUCAGGAAGCUCUGCCUCAACAUCUGCGUGGGAGAAUCCGGUGACAGGCUCACGCGAGCCGCCAAGGUGUUGGAGCAGCUGACUGGCCAACAGCCCGUCUUCUCAAAGGCCCGCUACACCGUGAGGAGCUUCGGUAUCCGAAGGAACGAAAAGAUUGCCGUGCACUGCACAGUGCGAGGCGCUAAGGCUGAGGAGAUCCUGGAGCGUGGCCUGAAGGUGCGCGAGUACGAGCUGAGACGCGACAACUUCUCCUCCACCGGCAACUUCGGCUUCGGCAUCCAGGAGCACAUCGACUUGGGCAUCAAGUACGAUCCCUCCAUCGGAAUCUACGGUCUCGACUUCUACGUCGUGCUUGGACGACCUGGAUUCAACGUCGCCCACAAACGGCGCAAGAUGGGAAAGAUCGGCUUCCAGCACCGCCUCACGAAGGAGGACGCGAUGAAGUGGUUCCAGCAGAAGUACGAUGGAAUCAUCCUGAACAGCAAGAAGUGAAAAGUGUCCGUGGGCAUUUUUAAAUAAAAUCAACCACACUCCGGAAGUAUA